AUGGCCGCUGCCAGCGGGGACCCGGGUCCGGAGGGCGCUGCUGCCGCCCCUACCGCCGCCGCUGCCGACACGUUCCGCUUCAGCUCGGAGCCCACGCUCGAGGACGUCCGGCGCCUGCAUGCUGCCUUCGCCGCUGAACGAGACUGGGAGCAGUUCCACCAGCCUCGGAACCUCCUCCUGGCCCUGGUCGGAGAAGUCGGGGAGCUGGCAGAGCUCUUUCAGUGGAAGCCCGAUGAGGAACCUGGACCCCAAGCCUGGCCCGCCCGUGACCGGGCAGCCCUGGAAGAGGAACUCAGUGACGUCCUCAUCUACCUGGUGGCCCUGGCAGCCCGUUGUCGCGUGGAUCUGCCCCGCGCAGUGCUCUCCAAAAUGGACACCAACCGGCGACGCUAUCCAGUCCACCUGUCCCGCGGCUCUGCCCGGAAGUAUACAGACUUGGGCCAAGAGGCCGCCUCGGAAGACCAGGCCCCGGCCUAACCACGGGCCGGGGUCCAUCCACAUUCGGCCUGGCCGUGGAGCUCGAGCGUCUAGAUCUUUCCUCACAGAGCCUUGCUCUGAGAUCUGCUGUCCGCAAGCUUUCCGGCAGGUGGCUUCUUGGUGUUCUCUCUCCCAAUAAAAGUUCUGGGUAACAGC